UGCUCACGGUGCCGGCGCCUGCUUCGGUUGGGGAAGGGGCGCAAGCGCGGGCAGGAGGCAGGAGGCGGGGCGCGCUGACUGGGGUCUUCUUCGUUCUCCCAGCCCUCAGCGUAGUCCACAAUGGGGGACGCGCCGACCCCGGAGGAGAAACUACAUCUCAUCACUCGCAACCUGCAGGAGGUCCUUGGUGAAGAAAAACUGAAAGAGAUCCUGAAGGAGAGGGAACUGAAAGUUUACUGGGGGACUGCAACCACAGGCAAGCCACACGUGGCCUACUUUGUACCGAUGUCAAAGAUCGCUGACUUCCUGAAAGCAGGAUGUGAGGUGACAAUCCUCUUUGCAGAUCUUCAUGCAUACCUGGACAAUAUGAAGGCUCCGUGGGAGCUUCUGGAACUACGGACCUCCUACUAUGAAAAUGUGAUCAAGGCCAUGCUGGAGAGUAUUGGGGUUUCUCUGGAGAAGCUAAAAUUUGUCAAAGGCACUGAUUACCAACUCAGCAAGGAGUACUCACUGGAUGUUUACAGACUGUCCUCGAUGGUCACCCAACAUGAUGCAAAGAAAGCUGGGGCUGAAGUAGUGAAACAGGUGGAACACCCUUUAUUGAGUGGUCUGCUGUACCCAGGACUACAGGCCCUAGAUGAGGAAUAUCUGAAAGUAGAUGCCCAGUUUGGAGGAGUUGAUCAGAGGAAGAUUUUUACCUUUGCAGAAAAGUACCUCCCAACCCUGGGCUACUCAAAGAGGAUCCACUUGAUGAAUCCUAUGGUCCCAGGAUUGACAGGCAGUAAAAUGAGCUCUUCAGAAGAGGAGUCCAAGAUUGAUCUUCUUGAUCGGAAGGAGGAUGUGAAAAAGAAACUGAAAAAAGCCUUCUGUGAGCCAGGGAAUGUGGAAAACAACGGAGUCUUGGCCUUCAUCAGACACGUGCUUUUCCCCCUCAAAUCAGAGUUUGUGAUCCUUCGAGACGAGAAGUGGGGUGGCAAUAAAACCUACACAGCUUACUCAGAGCUGGAAAAGGACUUUGCAGACCAGGUGGUACAUCCUGGAGAUCUGAAGAAUUCAGUUGAAGUGGCCUUGAACAAAUUACUGGACCCCAUUCGAGAAAGGUUUAAUGCCCCUGCAUUGAAGAAACUGUCCAGUGCAGCUUACCCUGACCCAACAAAGCAGAAGCCAGCAGCCAAAGGCUGUGCCAAGAACUCAGAGCCGGAGGAGGUCAUCCCGUCCCGGCUGGACAUCCGUGUGGGGAAGGUGAUCACUGUAGAGAAGCACCCGGACGCAGACAGUCUGUACCUGGAGAAGAUUGAUGUUGGGGAGCCGGAGCUGCGGACAGUGGUGAGCGGCCUGGUUCAGUUUGUUCCCAAGGAGGAACUACAGGACAGACUUGUGGUGGUCCUGUGCAACUUGAAACCCCAAAAAAUGAGAGGAGUGGAGUCACAAGGGAUGCUUCUCUGUGCGUCCAUGGAUGGGGCAAAGCGCCAGGUGGAGCUCCUGGACCCUCCUUCCGGCUCUGCCCCUGGGGAGCGAGUGUUUGUGGAGGGCUAUGAGAAGGGCCAGCCUGAUGAGGAGCUCAAACCCAAGAAGAAAGUCUUUGAGAAGCUACAGGCUGACUUUAAAAUCUCGUCGGAGUGCGUUGCGCAAUGGAAGCAGACCAACUUCAUGACCAAGCUGGGCUGCAUCUCUUGUAAAACACUGAAGGGAGGAAGCAUCGGCUAACUGCAGGGUUGUCCUCCUCCGCCCUCCCACCCCUCUCCCAAGCUGCUCCCGGUCUUGGUGAGCCUGCCUAUCUCCAGGCCACCAGGUCAU